AUGGACUUUCAGUGUUCAUUUUUCAAUCAUUCUCAGAAUGCCGCCGAUAACAGCAGCAGCAGCAUGCUUUACUCUUUCAAGCAAGAUGACUUAGCUAAAAACUUCACCAGUGAGCAAACCAAUCUUUCCUUUUGUGAUAAUUGUUGUGAUCACAAAUGUUUUGAUAUUAUUUAUUCCACAGAAUUGACUUCUGUUGUCAGUGAGUGGAACCUAAUAUGUGACAAAGAUUUUGUAACAAAUUUCCUAAACACUGUGACCAUGGUUGGCCUUUUCUUUGGUGGAUUUGUUGCUGGUCAGUUAUCUGACCAAUAUGGCCGUAAAAAGGUGCUGUAUAGUAGUUUUAUUUUGUUGUUGGUUUUCCAAUUGAUAAGUGGUAUGGUUAACUCCUGGCAGAUUUACUGUGUGUGCCGUUUCUUCAUUGGAACUCUCAUUUCAAGUACAUUAGUGGCUAAUUUUGUUCUACCCAUGGAAUAUUCUAUCCCAAAAUGGCGGACAUUUAUUGGAUGCAUUGGCUUUUGGCCUGCUGGAUUUUUUGUUGUGGCUUUCUUAGGUUAUUUUAUUCAAAACUGGCGUUACCUCACCAUCAGUACAGCCUGUGUCAGCAUUCCAUUUUUGGUGACUUGGUGGUUUCUCACUGAAAGUCCUAGGUGGCUUUUUGUUCAUGGUCACAAAGAAGAUGCUAAAAAAAUCCUCAAAAAAAUUGAAGAAUGCAACAAAGCUCCACCCACACAUUUGAUAAAGAUGAACCGUAUCAUUCAGGAAGGACAAGAAAAAAAAUUACAACAGAAAAAAUACAGCUACUGUCAUUUGUUCAGUACACUUGAAAUGUGUAAAAAAACCCUUAUCUUGAAUUAUGGUUGGUUUAUUUGCUGCAGUGUCUACUAUGGUUUGGUAUUCUCGACAAAAAAUCUCUCAGGGAAUCCAUAUCUAAAUAUUUUUCUUUCUGGUGUGGUCGAAUUACCUGCUUUUUUUUUAGUACUGGCUAUCAAUAACAGCUUUGGUCGUAAAAAGACUAUCAUCCUGUUGAUAGGAGUUGCUGGUAUUACUUCUUUCUCCAUGUAUUUCCUUCAUAUAUCUGGAAAGAAUGAAGCUUAUCCAAAAGUACAAGUUGUACUGUCUAUGCUUGCUAAAUUUGGAGUCGCAGGUGGUUGGGCAGCUUUAAUGAUAUUCAGUGCCGAAUUAUUUCCUACAGUUGUUAGAUCCCUCGGAGUUGCCUCUUGUGCUAUGUCUGCACGUGUUGGAGCGAUCACUGCAAUACAAAUAAUCAAGCUUGAUGAGAUUUCCAAGCAAGUGCCUUUUGUGAUUUUUGGUUCCGAGUGUCUAUUAUUUGCUGCUUUGUUGCUUUGUCUUCCGGAGACUGCUGGCAUGCCACUGGGAGACAGGCUAGAAUCUGCUGAAAGGGAAUUUCCAAACAGUCCAUUAAAUGAGGCAGCAGAAAAUGAAAGAAUGAACCAAAACCAGGAAGAAGAAAAAGAUGAAACUCAAACCAGUUGCUUAGACAAGAUUGAGAUGAACCAAGAUGGCUGCAGUGCCUGA